CAUAAAAUGAGAGAGAAGCAAUAAUCUGCUUUCUGGUGCAGCAAGACUGGUGUAUAAAAUCGCAAGGAUCUAUUUCUUGGUUGAUGGUAUCGAGCAUUAAAAAACCCAGACUAUAAUUUCACGCACCAUUUUCCUCCUUAGACGUCUUCUACCAUGCAACCCGCACGGCUCUGCUUCCGAAGCGCCGGGAGGCCGAGCCGCUGCAGCCCCCGCCCCUCGGCCCGGCCCCGCCGCCUCCGCCGGGGAGACGCGACCCGCAGCCCGGCCCGAUGUGGCCCCGGGGCGAUCGGCAGGCGGCGCUGCGAGCUGCGCAGGCGGGCUCCCGGCAGCCUCUUCCCUCCCGGUGGCGCCGAAAUCAACUUCUGUGCUGCCGGCGACAUGUCCAAGAAAAAAGGUCUGAGCUUUGAGGAGAAGAGAGUUCGCAUGAUGGAGAUAUUUUUUGAAACAAAAGACGUGUUCCAGUUGAAGGAUAUAGAGAAGAUUGCUCCAAAAGAAAAAGGGAUCACCUCAGUGUCAGUGAAAGAGAUUCUGCAAAGCUUAGUUGAUGAUGGCAUGGUGGACACUGAUAGAAUUGGAACUUCCAAUUAUUUCUGGGCUUUUCCAAGCAAAGCUCUUCAUGCCAGGAAGCGUAAACUGGAAGAUCUGGAGUCUCAGGAACUGUCUUCUUUGCUUUUAAUUGGAGUGGGAAAGCAUCUGUUCAUCAGUUUAUUUGCAACUGGAGUACAUGAUAAGAAGAUCAAUAAACUAGCCUUAUGGUCUGAUUGCACCACAACACUGCCAGCUUUUCCCACGCUUAUGUCCCACAUUCCCUUAUGUCCAUUCAUCAAAGAAUCAUUUGAAUUAAUGCAAAAUGCAUUUUUAGAGACAUUAUUUUCUUCAGGAGUGGUUCUGGAAUCACUGUUGCUAUCUUACUUUGCUGAAAGCAGUCAGAAAAAAGAGACUUUACAAAAAAGCAUUGAGAAAUCAAAAAUUGGACGUGAAAAUACUGCAGAACGUGCAGCUCUAAUAGAAGAACUUGCUGCCCUUCGGCAGAAAAAAGAGCAGCUAAAGGCAGAAAUAGAGAAAUACAGAGAAUGUGAUCCAGAUGUCAUUGAAGAAAUGCUUUUUGGAAGUUCCACUUGAGCUUCUGCAGUGUAGGGAUGAGCAUUUAAGGGUAAGAUUAACCUUGCUGGGCUACCUCUAGGAUUCCCAGGGGAAUAUGCAGUCAUGUUUUGAAAAUAAUUUCUUCCUCACCUCCAAUUCAAAAGUUUGAUUUGUUGUAUAUUUCAUCAGUCAUUGUUGCACUGACAGUUCACAUUGUUGCUUGCAAUGUAUGAGUCAAUAAAUGGUGAUGUCAGUUUUGGGAGCUUAAUGUUUUUGUUGAAUGGAAUUUUACAGGAUUUAAGCAUUGGAGGGGGAAGAUUGAAGGUAUUUCUCUCAUUCCAGAGUGUGGGGAAGUGUAAAGGCAAAUGAUGCAGAAAGUUAUGGUUUUUAGUGUAAGAAAGCAAUAAAAAUCUCAGGCAACGGAAGGUGUUUGGCUAGAUGUGUAAGUUACUGAUGCUGUUUCAUCAAAUAACCUUGGAUCAAAGUUACAGGAUCAGAGGUUUUAAAGCAUUUUCAAACUGCACGUGUGUGAUGUGAUUUUCUACUAGGUGUACCAUUUAGAUAACAUAAUCCUUGUGAUUAUUUUCAGUUAGAUUAUCUGAGCAGAUUGCUAACUUUAGUUUAAUUUUGAGUGAGAAAUCAGAGAUGGCUGUUAUGUCUUCCGUGUGGUAUGUUUGCUAAUAUUUAUGGGACUGGUCUUACAUGUUGCCUAUCAGCAUUCCUGUUCUAUCUAGUAUGGUUUUAGAAUCUUUUGUAAUCAGUAGUUGUCACUUUCUACAUUUGGGUUUUCCCUCUUCUUCCUUAAUGAUUUCAGCCUGUAAGGAAAUACUUCUGCUGCUCAAUCAAUUUCCCAUGCCAAAUCAAAGAGCCGCAUUGUUUUUUGGUUGUGGUAUUUUAGGGAUGUAUCAAAUUGUCAUCUGAUUUCAGUGGCCUUCAAAUUUGGUGAAUGCUUUGCUGUGCCUUUUUAAUUGCUCUUUCACUCAAAGGAGUAUUGCAGAAGCAAACCUAUUGGUGUUUGAUAGGUUUACGUUCUACAGCGACGAGCCUCAUUGAGACGCACGCACACACCAAUUCCAGGGUCAAAAUGAAGUCUGGAUGAUUCAAUAGCAAAUAUUUGAAGACUCAAUUAAAAGCUGAACAUCUGUCUUGCUUCCUGAGUCUUGUGGUGGGAAAGUCAUGUUUGACCAUGUAACUAAAUACACUGUAAUGCCUAUUCACAAGGGAACAAACCAGAAUGCUAAAAUAUUAACUGUUUUUUGCUGACUUUGCUGCCUGUCCAUUUAAUAUCAGUAACAAGGGGUUUGCUAUAUGUUUUGGCUUAAUUUUCUUGGCUUUCGUAUUAGAGAGCUGAAAUAUACUCUAAUGCCUUCCCAAGUUUACAACAGAUGAACACAGAAUUUCAGUAUUUGUAUGUAACAAUUAACUACAAUAAAUGGCAGAAGAAACAAGAUUUAGGUACUGGCCACUAGAGGAAGCUACAUAAUAGUCUGGUCUUGUGGAUUUAUUUGGAUAAUUCUAUCUUACAGGUAGGGUGUUGUAAAAAUACAUUUAGAAUUGCAAAACAUGUGGAUUUAUUUUAAUGACCACUGUAGUUCAGUGGUUGAAGCUCUUCUUUGCUACUUGGAAAUGUUGAUUACACCAUCUUGCGUGACUUAGGAUUGAAUAAUAAAUUCUUCCUCAACAUUAAAGGCAGUAAAACUGACAACAAUCAUCAGAAGUAAAAAACCAACCAAACAAAAAAACCUGGGAUUUUAUACUUCUGUUAAACUUGUAAUCCUGCUUUAUCUGGCACAGGACAGAGCCCUUGCUUCUCAGCUUUGAGGCAGAUUUUUGUAGGCUGAGAAUAUUCUCAUGGGGAAGCAGCCAUUGUGGAGAAGAGAUUCUUUAUUCCUCCAGGAGAAAGGCUUAUAUGACAUAAUGUGUGUGUGCAAAGUUGGAUAUAUGCAAUGCUGCUAGAUUCCCUGUGGAUUACAGUAGAGGACAAAGGCACGGCGAAUGCAAGCUUUCAAUAAUUUGUAAUUUAUCCAGAUCUUUGUAAGGACAAAAAAAACCCCAAACAAUCAACCUUCAUAUGACAUCAAGAUUAAGCUGCUGCAUAAGUUUAAUUCUUUCUGCAUGCCAAAGAGAGAUAUUAAGGGACUUACAAAGGUUUUUUUGACAAUUAAUUUUAUAGAAAGUUUUAUCUUGCAGUCUAAGUAUAUAAAUGAUAUGGAAUUUGCUCUGAGUUGUUGGCCAGCUUGUAAUUGGAAACAGCUAAACAUUUUCAGUGUUCACUGUAAAAUAAACAUUUCUAGAAUUUCAAGCUUUUUGUUCUUCCACUGUAAUUAGAGGAAUGUAGAUUUAUACUAUAUUAAAACACUGUUGGGUCUUAACUUCUUUUUUUUCCACAGUAGCUAUGCUUCAGUUACUUUGUGCCUUUGCAUAGGACAGUAAUGUCAGAAACAGAUAUAUGCUGACUGCAGUCAGUGUCUUCCGUGUGGUAUGUUUACUAAUAUUUAUGGGACUGGUCUUAAAUGUUGCCUGUCAGCAUUCCUGUUCUGUUUAGUAUGGUUUUAGAAUGUCCAAGUAGUACUGCUAAUUAUUGUGUCUUAACCUUUAAAACAGUGAUCCGGAUGUGUCUAGACAAACUGUAUUCUCAAAAAUUAGCAAACUGCCAGAUACAACACAUGUACUGCAGUAAUUUUGGUGUCAGCCUUCUUACUUCUGCUCUCUUCACUUAUUUUUACCCUGUAGCAAGAGGUGUAAGUGGUUCAAAUGGAUAGGAUUUCGAACCACAAAUAUCCAGAUAGUUAUCCUCGAAUAGUGUAGUCUCAGAAGCAUCGCUACCAGUCUGGUUCAUGGUUAGAUUAUUUUCUAAAAUGAACACUUACAUGGCUGUGUGAAAAUAAAUUUUGGGAAAACAUCCAGACUUACUGAGUACUGUGAAAAUGUCAUGCUAUAUGUAGUAUGUUCUUUAAAGUGUCUUUUUUUUCAUUGUAGAUGCUUCAAAAAUUUCUCAUUCUGAUGUUUCUAAAUGAAAGAUUUCAGCUUGACAAACUGUUGUGAAGAAUUGUACUGGGGUAUACAGACAGUAUAAGAAAAUAGUUCUGGGUUUGUCCUUUCCUCAUUCAUCUUAAUAUCAUGAGGCUGAAUGCUGAAAACAUAAUCUUGAUUUAGCUGCUGGAUUUUGUGGGUUGCAUAGUUUGGAUUUUGUUUGGUUGGUUUGGGAUUUUUGUUGUUGUUGAUACACCUAGCUAUUAUGUUCUAACUGUUACGUUCAAAUCAAUUUGAAAACCUGUUAUGUAUACAGAUGCAUUUUAUGUUACAGAAACUUAGUACCAUCUGCACAUAUAUUCCUAAGGUACAAAGCUUAAAGUGAAAUGUGGGGUUUUUGACUGAAGCUGAGGUUCAGAAGCAUCAUCUAGCUUUCAGCGAAAGGCCCUAAUUCUCAGCUUUUCAGAUAAUUUCUCCAUCUCUGUGUUUGGCCUCAUUUUGGACUGUAGCUAAGAGGUUGGUCUGCAAUGAAAAACUGUCCUAAUGUUUAGACACAUGCAUCUUUGUGAUUUUAUACCUUAAGCAUAUUCUAGCAAGACUAUUCUUCCUGGAGAGUGUUAACUUAGGCCAGCUUGCUUUGAAAUGAAGCUGCAUUUUAGCUGGUUAAGCAUUAAAAAAAAUUUAAAAAUAAUAAUAAAAAAAUCACUUGUGUUUUUGCCAGUGGGGUUUUGCUUGGAUGCUUGGAAAAGAAGCAGUUGAAAGAUCAGAUCUUUAGCUAAUAUAUAUAACACCCUGCUUAAAUAAACUGGCUACUCUGGCAAGUUACCUUUUCUUUAAAUUAAAUGAGAGUGCUCACAGGACUUAUUUUUGUUCUUUCUGUUUAUCGUGUUCCUUAUUUGUGGCAGAAAAAAAAAUGUAGGGUAAUAAGUAGAUGGGUGAAAUAUGUGGGAAUAAUUUUAUUGUCUGAGCCAGUAAAUCUUUAUGGCAAAAGCUGUUGAGCUGCUUAGGAAUGGUAGACACUUGAUAAAAUUUGUGACGUGGAAAAUGGCUACUUGUGACUACAUUUUUGGUACUGCUUGAUUUAGAAAUGAAUUGGUAGCCAUCCAUGUGGUCAUGUUUUAAAGCCCUUAGGAGAGCACCAAAUGGAAGUAAUCUAUACAUCAUUUAUAUAUGAAACAAAAAUGCUUUUGUGGAAUGAUUAUUUUGCUUCUCUCUCCUAGUGUUAGACCCGCUAGGUUAGUUGCGUAUGGUAGCCUUUAUUCAGAUUGUUUUGGUAAACUUACGGUGAUAUUAAAAGGAAUUAAAAAAAAAAAAAAAUACUGGUUUAUAUGUUUUCAUGACUUUCAUAUGCAAAAUGAGGUCAGAAAAGGUACUGCAGAUUUUUGAUUAGUUGUCUUGAUUAGUUGUCUUUGAUUAGUGCUAAGUUGCAGGAUGGUCAAAUGUGGUCUUCCUUGGCCUUUUUUAAAAAAAAGUGUUGCCAGUCUCACAUGUUAGGAAAUCUCCCAUAUGGUAUGGGAUGGUAGAGUUUAUCUGGAUUAGGACUGUAUAUUGCAACUGUAUAUUGCUAAUAUAAAUACCUUGUUCUGUGCUAUUUAACUGUAGACAUUUUGCAGGGCAGGUUUUUUGAGUACAAAACUAAUCCUGGCACUGGUAGUGUAUUUGAGAGUAUUUCCAAUGUUGUGUUUGUUUUUUUUUUCCCUCCUCACUUUAACAUCUUAGGAGGUAGUUUUACUGGAAAGAACAGGAUAUCAGAAAAAAACAUCAGGAAUAGAGAAGCCAUUUGGCUACACCUAGAAGAACACAGAGAUUUUUUAUCUUUGCUGCUGUAAGAGACCUUGGCAGACUGGGAGAAGUUUGGUGUUUUGACUCAGUUUUGCAUGAUACCGUGGCAAGGAAAGUAGGGAAAUACAAUCCUGAUGAAAUUGCAGUUGUAUGAAUCUCAAACAACACCAUAAUUGUACUCAUGAUGUAUUCAUUAGUAACUAAGUGUCACAAAGGGAGUUUGAAUCUAGUUCUAAUAGGAUCUGUGAUGUAUGUGCAUCUGCUCAGGAUUUGUAUUAAUGAGCUGGAUAAUAGAACAGAAGAUACGCUUUUCUUACAUUUGCAGGUGAUGAAACUAGGAGAGGCUGCAUAGACAAAGGACAAGGUGAGAUUUCAAGAUGAGCACAAUGAACUGCAAAGAAAAUCUGAAAAACACUGAACAAAAUUCAUUAGUGGCAAGUGCAAGGACGUAUAUGCAUUCAAGGAUAUUGUGUUACACAAAUAAUCUAGAGCAGCUGGUUAAGGGGGGGAAGGUUUGAAAAAGAUAUCAGGGUUAUAGUAGUUUACAAGUUGAACAGGAGACAUUCUUGUUGAGAAAAAUCAUAAUCACCAUACUAAGAUACCUCUCAUUGCUGGCUAUGUUUCUGCUUCUGCAUGAAAGUCUUUCUACUCAAGGUGCAUUAGUGAGGCUUGAGUUUUAACUCUCUGUCAGUUUUGGAUAUCCUACUUGAGAGGCAUAUAACUAACUAGGGAGAAUUCAAAGUAGAGCAAAAGUACCAGACAUUGAGCAGCCAUGUUCUGGGAGAAAAAAUAUUUACAAAAAUAGGGCUCAAAAGAAGACUGCUUCUAGUUAGUUUCACAUACCUGUAUGUCCUUCAAAAAGGAAAAGAACAGACUUUUGCUCAGGUUUAUGGAGAACUCGGCAAUAAGUAAUAGCCUUAAAUUUCAGGGGAAAACAAGUUAGAUGAAAAACUAUUCUAAUGGCAGCAACAGUCAAACACAGAACUGGAUUGCCUGGGAAGGUCAUAAAAGCUCUAACACUGGAAACCUUAAAACCAGGCUACAAAUGCCUUAGAAAUGGCAUAGGUAAGGCUGGAUAUGCAGUAAGUGAUGGGUGCAGAGACUGGAGGACCUCCUGCGAUGCUGUCCAGACACUUGUCUGCAACUUGCAUGACAUGUGAGGUGUGCAGCAGAGUGACGUCCUGAAUGGGACAAAACCCAGAGUGCUCUGGGAUGGGCCUCCUCGCAAAGUGCCGUUCAGCAGCACAGAAGUUUACAAGUUCCUUUAGCUGUGCUGCGGCUAUGGCGUUAAUUAGUAAAUGAAGUGGGGAGGAAGGAGUUGUCCACUGAAGGAAAAACAGUGUUGUUAGGAUGCCCUGAAUCAGAAAGCUGGUGUACUUUUUUCUCUUUUGUAAGCACAUUGCUUCCCGCUCUUCUUUGGAUAAGAGUAGAUGUAUUUUAGCUAUGCAACUAAGAUUUCAGCUUGGGCUUUCAGGUAGAGUACUUGAAAGGUAAAUGAUCUUUUGCUGUGGGUACAUGAAUAUAGCAAACUUAAGUGCAAGAGCAUGUAUUUUGCAUAGAGGAAUCUUUUGGUAGCAAUUCUGACAAAUUCUGUUGGACAUUUUUCAAAGAGACAAUGUGUACAUCCUGAUGAAAUUUGACAGUGUGACCUUUUCACAUGGGACAGAAGGAGCUUUUACUGAUGAGACUUGACACUUUUUUCAAACACACUAACAAAGAUCACAGACCCUUUAAAAGCAUAUUCCCAGAGACGUGGAUCAGCUUAUUAUUAGCUUUACUAUGCAGUGCUGUGUCUCACCACAGAGACAAGGCUGGAGCUUUGUUAUGUAUUUGCUCAGGCAUAUUUGCAAGCACAUGUGUGCACACACGCACAGAGCUGUUGCAACAGAAAUGCUAAUUUAAUUCACUUAUAUAUAAAAAUUUUGUAUUUUUCUAUUACAAGUGUCUUAUUUCUGAAACUUUAUUCAGAGUCUAAAUGUAAAGAGAGAUACUCUUUUAUUAUUUAAUAGUAUGUCUGUAUAAAUGGUUCUGUUGAAUUUGUGAUAUCAUUUAAAUGAGAAAUCAUACCCAUGCGUUGACUUAAAUUUAGUCAUGAAUUCUGAAGCAUUGUUACUUGUUGAUUAAUAUAAUGGGGAUAAGUUUUAUGUGGGAUACUGGAGUAUGAGGGUAGAAUGAUGUGUUAUUUUGGAUUCGGAGGACUUGGCAGAAUUCUGAUGUGCUGUUCUACACAAGAGCUCUUUAUUUUGCGUAUAAGAGGAAACACCUCUUUAAAAAGCAUGGGGGAAAGUAAAGACUGCAUAUAGUGUAGAGGUAUCUCUGCCUAGUACUUCGUUACAAAACAUUCUUGUGAAGCUGUUCUCACUGUGUUGUGAGUUACCCUGCUGACAGUGUUGUAGACUACUUAGUCUCAAGGAUACUCAAAUGUGGACCAGACACGAAUAGCCUCCAAUGGCAAACUACAGUCUGUUGAUGAGGGUCUCUGGUGUCAGUUUGUGGAUGGACAUGUCAGAAGGAGUUAUUAGGCAGUUAUCUUUUGUACUCUCUGGAUCACAGGUAAUCUUGAAAGUCUUUUCCAACCUAAAUGAUUCUAUGUAUAAUUUCUAUGUUCACCUUCUACCCUGACCUUUAGAGGUGGGCUCUUUAUUUGCAAGAGACAUUUUCAUUAAUGGGGAAGAUUUCAGAAAUUUUGCAGGAUAUUAUAAUGGUGCUUCUGCAAGAGAGGUAGAGAAACAUAAAUCUGUUGCAGUGUGGUGAUAGGUUUUUGGAAAGUGAGGACAGACUGCAAGCAAGAGCAUGGUUAACUCUACAGAAGGCAGUGGAUAAUUGGAGUAAUUUGAGAUUCAAGUUCAUAUAUUGUUCUUAUGGUAGUUGCCAUUUUUCAUAUUUAAAUUCAGUCCAAGUGGGUGCAGAAUUAUUACUGGAAUUCAGAUCCCCCUAAUGCAAUUAAUUUACCCUGAUGGGUUCCAUGAAAGAGGUUGGGAAGCUUUGGGCUAAUAAUCCUCACUGGCCUGUGAGAACAGUUGCAGCUGUUCUCUGCAUUUCGUGCAGAAGAGUUGCGAUUCACACUGUAAAAUUACUGCCUCACACACGUGCUGAAGGCUGCAGUUGUGUUUUGCAUGUAUCUGCAAACAGACCCCCAGGUUGAUGGGUGACUGCUUGAAAAGAUGCUGGUUCCCUCUGCAGUCCUGCAUCUUUUAAGGGAGGAAAUCCAUACAAAUCUCUUGUGGCAUUAGUCGUGGUAGGUCAAAACCAGCACCAAACGGUGCUAGUUUUAGAAAUGUAACGAGCUUUUGUUGUUCUGUAGAAUUAGAGAUUCCAGGACCUGAAAAUUUUGUUUACACAUAAAAACAGUAGUUACAAUAAUCCUUAAAGUUACCCUGAAAAUACCAGACUAUAAACUGCAAGAGGAAAGAAAGCUACAGCUCUUUCUUCACUUCCAAGCCUAUAGGUGGUUGUGAGCUGGUUCUGGCUGUUGAGAUGUUUUUAGUAUGGUUGUUGGAGCUGUAGUAUUAGUAUGUCACAUUUACAGUCUGGUUUUGAAUACUGUUCAGUGACUGCUUCCUUAGUAUUUCCUUAAUUAUAUCUGUAGGACUUAAAAGAGCUUUUUUAAUGAACCUGAAAGCAGGUUUGGAAAAUGUUUGGGAGGACAUGGUGGUGGUUGUUGCUAUCGCAACUGUUUUUCACCAAGGGAAGUGUCUGAAGUCUGAUAGAAAGUCUUAGUCUCCUGGAGCAUAUAUAUGUCUUGUGUUGAUGAUGCAUGUCAUGGUCUUCCCCUCUGGUAGAAAUAUUUGAGGCUUCGACAGGUUUUAGCCAUUACAUUUUGGAAUGCGAAUAGGACCUUCAAUUUGGACCACCACCCCUUCCAGGAAUAAAGUAAGCGAAUCUUAGGGAAGGGGGAAAGAGGCGGCUGUAGUUGUGCUGUAUGCUCAGAAUGACGGUCAGGCUUCCUGGGGCAGAUCAGAAACAACAUGGCCUGACCAUGCUAAGGUUUGAGCCAAUACAUGUUUCCAGUUAGAUUUGUUCAGGAGCAUUGCCGUGUCAACGUUUUUUGUGCUGCGGGACUUCACUCCUGAGCAGGUGCUGUCCGUUGCUUUAGAAGGCUUCUGACGGCACCUCCUGCAGUUGUCCCCAUGUCCUUUUGUCAGCUCUGUCUCCUGGCAUGCCUCUGAAUCCCUGCGGGUUGCUGGUAGAAUGUCACUCGCGUGCAUUAAAAAGCAAGUUUCCAACCCUCCCUCGCUUUCUUUUCAGACAUUGAGUGCUGUUGGGCAUUCCUUUGCCUACCUUUGCUUUACUCCAAGGGUGUACAGGGGAUUGUCGCUGUGAUUGGGACAGUCACAGAUGCUUAGGACGAUGGUCAGUUUUCUAGAAUCUGGGGUUUUAGAGUUCCAUGCAGUUCUACAGAUAUACCUGGGGAUGAGGGAAGAAGAGACUUCCACAAGGACUGGCCAACACUAACUCUUUGACCCUUAGUCUUUCACUGUUCAGGAUAUUUUUCCAGGUGUGUUGCUAAUGUAACAGACUAGUGUUGCAAGCCAUGCUGCUCCUGGGCCCUGCAUUGCUGUACACACAGAUGUUGCUCCUGGGCCCUGCCUUGCUAUACACACAGGUGUUGCUUUUGUUCCAUUCAGGAGAGAAAAUGCAAGUUUCCAUUUUCCUUCUUAAAAAAUGCCAAGUGUAUCCUCUGGUUACCAGUUCCAGGCACAGGUGUGUGUCUCAGCCAAGUGAAGUGACUCAUAUCCUGCAGGCCUGGGAGCAAGAAAGUCUAUUGAUGCAUUGUUACACAAAUUGGUGAAAUAAAUAUGUUGUGUCCAGAGCAAGUGGAUUAUUCUCUUGCUUCCAGACAGCAAUUGUAUAUAUUGUCAGCCUAUGUGCAGACGUAUAGACAUAAAGUAGAGCAUAACUAUGGCCUAACAGUGGUAAUGAGAACAUCUGGAAGCAUCUGGAACAUAUAUUGCCUCCUGUAUUGCUCACCUCUUCUGCACGUUUGGCCCUUUCAUUGUCUUGCACAGCUUUUGUACGGAAGCAAAAUCAAGUUCUGGUAGAGCAGCUGUGGUCAGCAGGAGCAUCUGCAGGACUCCAGCUGAGCUUGGGACCCAGUGGUUGUGGUGGUUUUGGCAACUUGCCAGUUGCCCUCAGUGCUGUCUCCAAGUUUCUCCUUUUUACAGUUCACACAGUUUGUGUCCUGAUUCUUCUUUGGUGUAUGUGUAUUAAGUUCCCAUGCUAUUGUCUUCGUUAGGCCUUAAACUGUCUUUUCAGUGCAAUCUAAAAACCAGGAAGACAAUGGCUGUACAAUGCUGUGGAGCUAGAGAACAGGUAGUCAGAAGGAGCAUGACACUGAAUUCCAUGAGUACACAAAAGCAGGUGUGUCUGGGGGAUGUCUAUUUUACUACUCCUCCUUUCCUGCACCUUCUAUGCAUGUUCACAUACAGAUGACUCAACUAAUGAAAGUUCCAACAAACAAGUGUAAAAGGUUUCCAGAAAGUAGUCAAGGUGCAGAUUCCUUAAUUUCUCUCAGUCCUUGUGAUGGAGUUGGGGUCCUCUGGAAGAAGCUGUCGGUGAUGCAGAUGUAGCUGGUGUCUUCAGGUGAUGUAGGCCCAUAACUGCCAAUAUCUGUUUCUCCCUCCUCUUUCAGGCAUGGUGUUGGGUACAGCAGGCAGACAAGAUCCAGCAGUGGAAUUGUAGGCAAGAGUUGAGCUUGAUCCCAAGGCAUUUUAAUCUUGAAUUCAGACAGCUAAAUGCUCACCCCAUAGCCAGGAGGCAACAGCUGAGGUGGUGACAGUAGUUUCUGGAGGAUGGAUGAGGUGUAUUGAGGUCUCCGUGAAGGAAUUUGUGGUUAAGCAGACUGCAGUGGCAUCCUGCAGCAGGAGCAGUGACAGUCUCACUUGGUGACAAGAGACAUUGUAAGCUGUCUUGCUUGAAUGAGCUUGCUCAGGCUGGACAUGAGGAACAAACAGGUGCCUUGCAACUUGCCAAGCUAGCUGGCAUUGCUGUUGAUACAAUACGCCUGAUGGUCUAAGCAACUUUCAACAUGGCAGAAUAAAUCCAUACCUGCAUUCCUGUAUGUUAUUGUACAUAUGAGUGAGUGGGGGAGCCAGGCUAAAUAGGAAAUUGCAAACAGCAAACACUUGCCCCAGCCUCUUGUGAAUGCAUUUCCUGGAGAUAUCAUGUGCCUCAGGCUUUACAAGUGGCUCUUGUUUCCCCAAACCUGACCCAUGGCAGCAGAGUGACACAGUCAUGUGUGUUCCCAGCUUCUGAAAGACCGAGGCAGCCUCUUCUUUGAUAUUAAACCAGAUUGUUUGAAUGUUACCUUCCCCAUCGUGAAGUUAUGGCUCCACUCGUGAUCCUUCUACACUUCUACCAUGACACUGUGCUGCCAGUCUGUGAUCAGUCCCAGGUGAUGCAUGGAAGGAAUGACAUGGUUAAAAUAUUUCUUCAUUUUAUUUGUAUAAAUUUCACUCUCAGGAGUUUCUUUAAUUGUUUUUUUUGUUUGUUUUUAGUUCUCGGUUAUUUAAGUUGUUGAAGGCACUGCCCACUCUGGGAUUUCCCUGUUAGAGCUUUCUGCUCUUAGUACCAUGAUUUCAUUUCUAGGCACAGCUCAGUUAUAGGCAGCCACUGCCAUUCUAACCACCCUGUUGCCCAACCUGUAUCUGCUGGUCACUUUAGCCUUUUCUUUGACUGCGGCAAGAAAUCACAUUUUAAAAACACACCAUCACACGUAUGUAUUUGAACAUGUGUUUGCAAUGUUUGAAGGUUGACAAUGCACCAUACUACCACUGUCUGGGUUUUUUUAUGCACCGUACCAUAUGGUCACUGUGCCCUAAGCACAGGGCUGCGUACCAAAAGCUGCAGGAAUGUCGAGCUGCUGCGUGAUGCAGAAGUUGGGGGCUCAGCUGGUCAGCUGCUGCCAGCAGAGCGGAGAUUUCUGCAGAGACCUGGCACGUGCUGUGGAGCAGGCUGGCUCACCCGCCGUGGGGAUGCUGUCACCUUGCAGCUCUGCAUCCCCAGAGUUUAAUAUCAUCCUACUUUCCCCCCGCUUCAUUUCAAACUUCAUUACUUGGAGUGAAAUACAGCUUUCUAGUUUUACUCUAGAGUUUCAAGAAAAUGCUGAGGGAACUAUCAUAGGUAACACAUUUAAAAUCUUGCCCAGUGGAAGCCCUUACUCUGCAGACUGGCUUUAAGUAGCAUUAGGUAAAGUAUUGUUCAAAAUGUCAUUGACUGCCAGUAUGUUGUCAGUGCUGCCAGCCCUGGAACUGAACAAGUAGGGGUGGCAACAAGAAAUCAGCAAAGGAAAUAAGGAAUAGCAUGCAAGCAAGCAAAAAUACCAUCUUCUCACCCUCUCCCUUCUUUUGCCCAUCUUAAUUUUCUGCUAUGCCCAAACCUUCUGAUUAUGGGUCAUUUUUAGAAACUACACUGGUUUUAAAAUGGUAUUUUACUCUGAAUUAAACAUUUUUCACAUGGUUUAUUGAAGUAUUAAGGGUAGAAUAAUGAGUGCUUACCUUCCUGUGUGCUAGCAGAUGAUUUUUCAAGAUAAUUUAAUUUUGCCUGAAGUAUAAUCUUUAAAACAAUGGAUACUUGAUCAUGUAUUCACUUCUCAGUACCCCUGAAGAUAACUUUCAUGCUGACCAUUCCACAGAGUAUUAUCAAGCAAGUACAAACAAGACUAGCUGGAAGUAACUGUUAUGUGUGGGCGUGAGAAUCGUAAUAAUUCUGAUAAAUUCCCAUGCUACAAACCAACCUGCUCGAUUUGAUUCAGUAUUUACUUUAAUGGGAGCAAGGUGAUCCAACAGGAAUUUUUCUUGAUACUGUUUUGCCUCAUGGAAACUAUAUAAAAGCUAUUUGUAGUAAUGGUAAUUUACCAUUAUCUGUUUAACUCUGGAGCAGUAGUAAGGCUGGGAAGCCAAGCUUGAUAACCAGGAGCAUUAUUUUGUCUUCAUUUAAUUGAGGUGGUUCUCAAAGACAGGGAAGCCUUCCAGAACUAGAUGCUUAACUUCUGGAUUAAUGUGAUAGGCUGUAACACUUGUCUUUUUCUUAUCUAUAUAGAGCCAUGCCUAUCUAUGUAAUGGAUUACUUAUGUAUAGAGAGGAUUAUAAAAUAUUUUCCACCUCAGUUGCCUCUAGUAUCUUCAGGCCAUGUAUCUAGUUCCAAUCUUGGUACAGACAAUUAAGCCCCCAGGCAAACCAGACCAGGGUUAUUACAUUUUUAAAUACACUUCCAAAACUCAAAGUUGCUCAUAUGGUAUCUUUUGUGUUUCUUUGCUGCUGUUUAACUUAGCUUUGUGCUUGUUGGAACCUUAAAAGUGUAAAGCAGAAGGGGGGUUUGGAUGCAGUACAGUAACUUCCUUACAGUGUAUGGUUCCCUAAAAAUGACAUCAAUUAAAAAAAUUAAUCUCUGUGCCUUGAAAUCAUUAAUUGUAUGAUUUUACUCUGAUGUAUUUUUUUUCUUCCCUA